AUGAACAAGUAUUGGCUCCAAUUACCUGGGGAAGGCACCUGGGGUGCGACAUGCGUCUCGGCUGGAGUUCACUCCAGCCAGCAACAACCACUUCCACCCAUUCGUCCCUCCCUCCACCCCACCCCACCAAACCAGUGCCAUUGCCACCAUCUCUCCCUUCCGCCCCGCCUCUGCAUACUCUUCUGUUCCGCUGCUUUCUCUCCAAGUCGUGCCGUGUCUUCCGCCUUCGCUGCUGCUCUCACAAACCUCUUCGUUCGAUUCUCACACAGCAUUAUGGCCUCAAUCCCUCGCGCCCUCCCAUCCCCCCUCCCCGUCCCGUCGCGCCUUACCCUCAUCGCCCUCCUCGCGCUAAUCGCGCUCCUCCGCCAGGCGGAAGCCUACACCCCUCUGCCGAUCCCCGACGGGUGCGUCGCGGAGAUAGCGGAGGUCGACCGGGAGGCCAUGCGCGCGGUGUACGCAGCGCUGCCCGAGCUUAUGUUCUUCUGGCACGACAGCAUACCGCAGUACAAGUUGUUUGACGACAACCACAACGUCUCCUACUGCUGCGUCGCGCCCAAACCCGCUAAUGUGUCGUGCCGCCUCUGGUCCCCGCUCGAGUGCACGUCCACCGGCCGCAUCACGCGCAUUUUUUCUGACCCGAGCCGCCAGGACAUGCCCGGGCCCGUCGGGAGCGGAGGCAGCUGCCCACCCGGCGCGCUGUCGCCCGCCAUUGGCGAUCUCGCGGAGCUCUCGUCGCUUGUCUUCCGCCACUCGUGCCUCGCCGGCGACCUGCCGGACUCCGUCACGCGCCUCCAGAAGCUGACGAUUUUUGAAAUGCCCGAAAACAACUUCUCCGGGCCCAUUCCGCCUGGCCUCUUCCGCCUGCCCGCGCUCCGCCACGUGGAUCUGAGCACACUCAGUGAAUACCCGGAAUAUCAACUUCAGUAUGAAGGCCUUUCGGGGUCCCUUCCUGACGGCCCCGACGCGUACUCCCCGUCACUGGAAACGGUCAUCCUGUCCGGCAACGCGCUCUCGGGGGAGCUUCCGCGCGCCCUUCUCCGCGCGCCUGCGCUGCGCCAGUUGGACCUGCAGAGCAACAACAUCACGGGAGAACUCCCGGGGGAAGCGGGCGCGUAUUCGCGGAGCAUUACCGCGCUCAUCCUGCGCAACAACAGCCUGUCCGGCGCCAUUCCGCCCGCGCUGGCGUACAUGAGUGCGCUACAGAAACUCGACCUGGGGUGGAACCGCCUAUCCGGCGCGGUGCCUGCGGCGCUGCGCGACCCCGAGUCGCUAAAGGCGCUCGACGAGGUGCGGCUCGACAACAACGCGCUCACGCGGCCAUUCUGCGACGCGCUGCUGCCGGCGCGCGCGCUCUUGAUGGGCUUCAACGACUUCGGGGGCGCGAGCGCCGGGAGCAGCGCCAGCGCGAGCGACGGCAGAGGUGAGGAGGGAGGUGGGGGCUCUCUGCACGGCUGCGUGCUGCCCGCGAAGCUAGAGUUUCUCAGCGCGCCGCACGCGGGGCUGCGGGGGAGCGUUCCGCCCGACCUGUUCCUCGCGACCAACGCGCAGUCAGGGCGGAGGCCCUCUUUAGUUGAGUAUAUCCAGAUGGACCUGAGCCACAACAGCCUCUCGGGCAGCCUGAAAGCUUUCACGGUGCUUCCGACCGGUUUAUUCGACCUGUCGCAUAACAACUUCUCCGGCAGCAUUCCCGAGGCGUUUUUCAGCGACUUCUCGCGCGUGGAUCUGCGGUUUAACGACCUGCGGGGUCCGCUGUUCGACAGGCGCUGGGAUUCGCGUUCUCUUCUAUGGGUAUAUGAUUGGGACGUGCUGCGCGUGAGCAACAACAGCGCGCGCAUGGCGGGCGCCGUGGGCGCGGGGUACCUUCCAACCCAGGCGCCUGGUGUGCAGGCGUCCGCUGCAGAGACUGCUGCGCUGCUGGCGGUGCGCGAUGCGCUCCUGGGGGAAGCAGCGGGGGAAGCAGCGGGGGAAGCAGCCGGGGGAGCAGCAGGGGUAGCGGGGUUAGUGAACGGCGGAAACAGCUCGUGGGCGGAGAUUCUGCGCAGCUGGGACGCGAGCAGCAGCAGCGCGUGUGCGUGGUACGGCGUGGGGUGCACAGCAGACGGACACGUGGACACACUCCACCUGGAGGGCAACAUCAACGUCACGAUGCAACCCCAUGUGGUGACAGAAAUGCCCGACUGUGAAUACGAACAGAGCGAAUACGCGUUUAGCUCGCCGUCAUGCAACCUAAACCGUCCGUUACCUCCUGAUAGCGUGCGCUUCUUCCUGCAGGGCCUGCCUGGCGGGAGUGGCAGCAGCAGUGCGAGCAGGAGUGGCAGUCUGUCGGAAGCACUGGGGCAGCUGACGCACCUCACCUCUUUGCGCAUCUCCGCGCACGUCCUCUCCGGCGGCCUGCCGCCGUCCCUCUCGCGCCUCUCACACCUCGUCGCUCUCGACCUCUCCUCCAACCGCCACCUCUCCGGCUCCAUCCCCCCCGCCCUCUUCGCCCUCCCCUCGCUGCAAGAGCUCUCCCUCCGUGGGAACAACCUCACGGGAGAGCUCCUCCCAACCACCACUGCAGCAGCACCAGCAGCGCUGUCAGCGAGCUUGGAGGUUCUAGACGUGGGGAGGAACGGUCUGACGGGGUCCAUAGCAGCGCAGGUGGGUCUGCUGACGGGGCUGACGCGCCUGGCGCUGGACCACAACCGGCUGGACGGCAGCUUGCCACGUGAGCUCGGCGCGCUCUGGAUGCUCCGAGACCUGCAGCUGCAGGGGAACGCCCUCCAGGGGGACGUCUCUGCACUUGCUGCCGCCUUCCCCACUCCCCCUGCUGCUCCCGCCGAUUCUGCUGCCUCCAGUGCGCCUCUCGUGUGGGGUCUCUGCAGGGUGUUCCCGCUACUGACACGUCUGGACGUCAGCAGCAACAAGCUCUCGGGCGACGCAGCCACGCUCUUCCCUCGCGACCAACAAUUCCACACACUCAACUUGUCAAACAACCAACUCACGUGGGGCCCCGGCAGCAACGCCUCCUGGCACGCCAACUACCUGGACCUCUCACACAACCGCAUCAGCGCCCCGCUGCAGGGCCUUUUUGGAGACUUAUCGAAGAGGUUCUACUCGAGGGUGCUGCGUCUGUCGCACAAUCAGCUGUCAGGACCCAUCCCUGCCCCGCUCCUGGGGGACAGAGUGACAGUCGAGUUGGACCUCUCACACAACCUGCUCACGGGUUCAAUUCCUGCCAUCGACAAAUUGCACUUGAAGACACUCGAUCUGUCGUACAAUGAACUGUCUGGCACCCUUCCCCAGCUCGAUAGCACAUCCCGCCUCCCCCUUGCCUUCUUGGACUUUUCUUCCAAUGAACUCACAGGAAGCAUCUCCAAUGCUCUCAUCGCUGGCCUUACUGCCCUAACCCACUUAAAUAUCUCCAACAACCUGCUCUCCGACUCGCUGCCUCCUUCGCUCGCUCGUGUCCCUCCCCUCACCCAUCUGGACCUCUCGAGCAACAACCUCAAAGGCUCCCUGCCUGUCUUCGGUCAGGGCCAGCAGCGCCUCGCCUACCUAGACCUCUCCUUCAAUGCGUUCACUGGCACUGUUGCAGAAAAGACUUUUCCGUGCUCGGAGCAACAGGUGGAGGUUCGGCUGGGCCACAAUAAGCUCACUGGGAGCAUCUCCAAUGUCGUCUACUCCUCGUGCCUUUCACUGCUCGACCUCUCACACAACCAACUCUCUGGUCCCAUCCCAGACCCUCCCCAGGGGAAACGCCAGAGCUCCUCCCUCGUCCCCCUCGCCUACCUGGACCUCUCUUCAAAUAAACUCACAGGAACCAUUUCCAAUGCUCUAGUAUCCAGCCUUACAGCCCUAUCUUACUUGGAUCUCUCUGACAACCUGCUCUCAGGCUCGCUGCCCCGCUCCCUCGCUGCUCUCUCCCCCCUCACCCACCUGGACCUCUCACGCAACAAGCUCAAGGGCUCCCUGCCUGCCUUCUGCCAGGCCAAGCAGCGCCUCGCCUCUCUCCUCCUCUCCUCCAACGCUUUCUCCAGCCCCCUCUCCUCCCUCCUCCCCUCCUCCUCCUCCUGCGCCUCCUCCCUCCUCUCCCUCAACAUCUCCACCAACCAGCUCUCCGGCUCGCUCCCCGAGUCCCUCUCACGCUUCACUGCUCUGCAAUCCUUGCUAGCUGCGCGCAACCGCAUGAGCGGCAGCAUUCCUGCAGGGCUGGCGUCCCUGAAGGCCCUGCAGGAGCUGGACGUGUCGUGGAGCGGGCUGUCAGGCACCAUCCCUGCGCUGCUGCGUGCUGCUGCCCCCUCCCUGCAAGUGCACCUCGCUGGCAACGCCCUCUCUGGCUCCGUCCCCCCCUCUCUCUCCGACCUGCCCACCUCCUGCUUCCGCCCCGGCAACCCCAAGCUCUGUGGGAAACCCCUGCCUGACUGCAAGAAGCGCUCUUCCAAGCCCAGGAAGGGCCGGAUGUAG